AAGUUCAUUGACUUCAUACUAAUCAAUCCAUCUUGUUAAUGUAACCGAUUUGUGUUCUCUUCACCUGAAAUGGAUACCGAAAGAAGCACCCAAAUCUGCAGAAAGUGACGUGGGCUCGAGCCAAACCAACCCAACCCAAGUCCUUAUCGAUUCGCCACACAUACCAUUGAAUUUGAGGGGCCGAGAUCUCACGCUCCCACGUAUAAAUCAACCCAUUCCGUCUUUCUCUCUCUCUAUCUCUCUUCUCUUGGAGAGAGGGGAGGACCAUUAAAUUGACCGUCACUGUUCCAUGGCUCCGAUCUUCGAGUAUUUCGUGGUUUGUGGGAUCGGACCUGAAAUUCGAACCUUAGAUGGGGACAAAGGGUUCCAUGGAUAUGGAGUCAUGUACUCUGCUUCCUUACUCGAUCAGUUUCCUCCUCUUAAUCAUUCUCUCUAUCCUCCUCCACCCCCUCAGCUUCCCAUUUGUGUUUUACCAGCUGGGGUGGAGUUUUACUCAUCAGGAAUCGAUUACAAUGAUGCCUCAACCUUCCCGCGGAGUCACCCGAUUGUUCUCACUGAGGGCGAUGGAUCGAAAAUAUAUGUUAGUUGCAUUGCUUUUCGGGAUCCAGUGAGUGAGGAUAUUGCUGAAGCGUAUCGUAUACCUCCUAAUUCAUUUGCCGACAAAUGUAUCUGUCUUGUUUCACGCUCCCCGAGUUUCGGGGUACUGAAAACUGCCUUGGAGGAACUGUUUUCACUUUGCUUUUCCCCAAGUGGAAGUAGCAAACCAUUAUGGGAAAUUAUAUCACACAUGGUGUCUAAUGUGCCUUUGCCUACACCGGGAAAAGAUCGUGUUUUGUUUUCUAUAGAGAAUUGUCUUCUUUCUGUUGAAGCUCCACCGAAGGAUGGGCUUCCUCAUGCCGAUAUAUCAUUUCAGCCAUUAAUACAGUGCUUGGAUGUUGACAACUUAAUUAAACUUUUCACUGCUGUGCUGCUUGAGAGGAGAGUUUUACUCCGAUCAAACAAAUAUUCUCUUUUAACCCUUGUAUCAGAGGCCAUAUGUCAUUUAAUUUAUCCAUUUCGAUGGCAGCAUGUCUACAUUCCCCUACUCUUUUUCAGCGGAGUAGACUAUAUUGAUGCUCCUACACCUUAUAUGAUGGGCCUCCAUUCAGGUGUUGAUACAUCCACUUUGACAAUGGAUGGUGUAGUUGUUGUGGAUCUCGAGUAUAAUCGCAUCACCACAUCAGAAGACAUCCCACCAAUUCCUGAGCCUGAAUUAAGUUCAUUGCGUGGUGAGAUACUGAAGCUUUUGUGUCCCAAUGUUGUUGGGAUAGAUUUGAUGAGGACAGGUCCAUGUACUUCAUCUGACCAAUUUCAUAAAAGUGACAACAAACCUUGGGGAGAGGAUCACGAUCUUCAACUUAGGUUGGUAUUUCUAAAGUUUUUUGCAUCAAUUCUAAGUGGCUAUCGCAACUUCAUAGAAAUUUCUGCAAAUCAUGUCUUCAACAAUCAAGCAUUUUUAAAAAAGCGUGCUCGGUCAAGUAAUCAAUCAUCUGAUCCCAUGAUAGCCCAAUUUCUGGACACUCAUGGGUUCAUGGAUUACGUGGAGAGGGGUAUGGGUUCUGAUGAUAACUGUAAUAAUCUCCUCGACAAGCUACAAGAUGCAAUCGGCAGGGGCCAGAAUCCCUUCUCUAUUUUCCCCUCAAAUGCAGUUGAACCUGAGAUUAUAACUAUCUCAGAUCCUGGUGGUAAAAUAUCAGAUGCCAAAUAUACCUAUGAUAGGUUUCCAUCUAACAUUAGAACGGAAGAACAAGAAGAAAAAAGGAGGCAGAUCCUUGCAGCAGCAAGUGGUGCCUUUGAGUACUCUGGAAAGCAUACUCCAAGUUCACCUUCCUUUCUCACUAAGGACUCUAAAGCAGACAGCCUAAGUCCAAUGGAGAGGGCAGCUGAAAGGGAUCGCAUGGUUUUAGACAUAAAGGUUAAGCUGCAGGGUCUGUGGUUGCGUCUUCUCAAAUUGGGAGCAACUGAGGAUCCUCUUUCAUCAUUUGAAUAUGGCACGAUCCUUGCUUUAAUUGAAUCUGAUGCUGAGGGGAUAGGUGGGAGUGGGUUUGUUGAAUGUAUCAGGGAGCACAUACAUUCAGGAUGGCAUUGCCAGUUAACGGAGGAACAGUUCAUUGCUGUUAAAGAAUUGCUCAAAACAGCAAUUAGUCGUGCAACUUCACGCAAUGAUAUGUUGACCAUCAGAGAUGCCAUUGAAGUGUCUGCUGAAAUGUACAAGAAGGAUGCAAAUAAUGUUCAAGACUAUGUACAACGUCAUCUUAUUUCUUUAUCUAUCUGGGAGGAAUUACGAUUUUGGGAAGGAUAUUUUGAUUAUCUAAUGGAGAGGUCUUCAAACAAGUCGGCAAAUUAUGCAUCCCUGGUGACAUCACAGCUUAUUGUGGUGGCAUCACACAUGGCUGGAUUGGGACUUCCUGACACUGAUGCUUGGUAUAUGAUUGAAACUAUAGCGGAGAGAAACAACAUUGGUUACAAGCAAUUUAUCAAGCUCAGAGGUUUUCUGUCUCAUAUUCAGCAACUACGUAUUGGCUACUGGGGAAUGACUUCUACCAAGGCUCAGUCCAUGUCUCAUGGGUUAGCAUCCCCACGCUCUUCUGCAGAUGAGAAUCAGGAACCUGCUGAGGCGUCUGGAGUUGGAAGGAGCUGGGUUCAGAGCAUGUUCAGCAGGGACACAGCAUCUAGAACCAAUUCUUUUAGUCGUGUUCGUAGAUGGACAUCUGAUGCUGGCUCAUCAGCACCAAAUGAGAAUGGGACUCCUCGCAAGCAAGAUUUAUCAACUUCUGGCCAAAAGAAAACUCAAACUAGUGUUCGCAUACUUAGGGGUCACAGUGGUGCUGUCACUGCUUUACACUGUGUCACAAGAAGAGAAGUUUGGGAUCUUGUGGGCGAUCGUGAAGAUGCAGGUUUUUUUAUCAGUGGAAGCACAGACUGCACGGUUAAAAUUUGGGACCCUAGUCUUCGUGGUUCUGAACUUCGGGCAACGUUGAAAGGACAUACCAGAACUGUCCGGGCAAUAAGUUCUGAUAGAGGAAAGGUGGUUUCAGGAUCUGAUGAUCUGUCUAUUUUAGUGUGGGACAAACAAACUACCCAGCUUCUUGAGGAGCUGAAAGGCCAUGAUGCGCAGGUUAGCUGUGUGCGCAUGCUAUCAGGUGAACGUGUCCUUACUGCUGCUCAUGAUGGUACUGUAAAGAUGUGGGAUGUCAGAACAGACACUUGUGUGGCAACUGUUGGUCGUUGCACUAGUGCAGUUUUAUGCAUGGAAUAUGAUGACUCCACAGGAAUCUUGGCUGCUGCCGGCAGGGAUGCUGUGGCAAACAUUUGGGACAUUCGUGCUGGCAGGCAGAUGCACAAGCUCUUAGGGCACACAAAAUGGAUUAGGUCAAUUAGAAUGGUUGGGGACACAGUUAUUACUGGCAGUGAUGAUUGGACAGCAAGAAUGUGGUCUGUUUCUCGAGGAACAUGUGAUGCCGUUCUAGCAUGUCAUGCAGGUCCGAUAUUAUGUGUGGAGUACUCUGCAUUGGAUAAAGGAAUAAUUACAGGUUCAACUGAUGGGUUGCUUCGAUUCUGGGAAAAUGAAGAGGAAGGCAUAAGAUGUGUUAAAAACGUUACCAUUCAUACUGGUGCAAUAUUAUCCAUCAAUGCUGGAGAACACUGGUUAGGGAUCGGAGCAGCUGACAACUCAAUGUCUCUCUAUCAUCGGCCUCAAGAGAGACUUGGUAGCUUCUCAAGCACAGGAUCAAAAAUGGCUGGCUGGCAGCUCUACCGAACACCUCAGAGGACAGUUGCAGUGGUAAGGUGUGUGGCGUCAGAUCUUGAGAGAAAAAGGAUAUGUAGUGGUGGUCGUAAUGGACUUCUUAGACUCUGGGAAGCCACCAUUAACAUUUGAGUUUUCCAGCCUUUCGGUUUGAAUUUUUUUACACGGAAAUGCUUGCCUCUAUGUUGUUGGACUUAUCUCUUUGUUUGGUUUUUCAAUCCUCAAGGUUGUAUAGUUUUGUAAAUUUUAUAAGAUGUAUAAUUUCCUUUUUUUCUUUGAAACAUGGGUAUAAAUGUAUGGAAAUCAUUGCUACAGGUUAAGAUUUUAUAUUGUUUUUUUCGGUAAUUAUACGAAACCUUAAUGAAAAUAAGGAUUUUUUCAA